AUGGGCGUCCCUGUUGAUAUCAUGACUCGACAUGACUUGUUCACGGAGUGGCAUUUGUCUGUGGGUACUUCGGACUCUGAUGAAGAAACCCAUAAACCCAUCCAGCUCCUCGAACCCUUCAGGCGAAGUCGAACCGAAGUUUAUUUUGCGGCAGGACCACACCACCUGCGUGGACGACAUUGGCACCUGCCUCCGUGUGGACCACCGUCUUGGCACCUCGUGACUUCCACCAGGUCCCUCAGCUGUAUCUCAGGACUCACUAGACUUGCCUCUGCUUUCUCCCUGGUAGCCUCCAUUUUCGGAUCUCGUAUCCUGCCCGAGGACGGUUUCGGCCGUUUCAUCGGACGCGUGUUGAGUGUCCACGGCUUGAAUCCGGCCAAAAGACUUGGAAUCCAAGGGGAUAUCCACGCCAGGCUUAAGACCGAACCAAUAUAUUACUUCAUCCUAAGUGGACACUUGAGCCGAGUGCACAAACCGAGUGUGAUAUUGAUGGACAAAGACACGGGGAAAACGUCCGGGAAUAUCCCUUUCGUUUUCAUCAAUAGCAGCCAGGAUCGUCCAAGGAAAAGUCGGGAUGACAGUUUCACGAUCUCUUCGCAUGUUUCUAGAACUCAUCGUGCUCGCUUGAAGAAGGAAAAAUGGAAAAGGUUGCGAGACUCCGCCACCAAGGUCCUUGCUCAGCGGCCCAUUUAUCCCGCAGCAUUGCCUUUGAAUGAAAGAGCUUACUAUCAAGGACCUGCAGCCUUACCUUCGGCAGCUGGUCAAGCACAAACCAGGAGAUGGGAAUCAUUGCGUUUUAUAACGGACGGCUCCCGCACCAGCAGCGCUGGGGCCGAGUCUGCUACGAUCUCGUUCGGCACUGGGAGGAGUCAGCAUCCUUUGCCCUUUCAAGACAGCCAAGAAACUGUUGACCAACAAGAUCCUCGCCCAUUUCAUGCCCUGGCAAUCGAUCCUGAAACAACAUGGCGUACAUCUGAGCCUCCACUAUCUCUGUGGAAGGGGAACUCAGAUCCAUUUACAACUACUGCAGUUCCAUUGAACGCAUAUAACAAUGAGAUCCUACGCCACGCACAAAGGUUCUUCAUAUUCACAGCUUGGCCAGGCAGCACCAAUGCCGUAUUCAGGACACCCAUCGCUGACACCAGGAACUCGCAUAUCAAACUCAAUGAUGCUACUCAAGAUGAAGGCCAAUUGCAUGCAAUUCUUGCAUCUGGAUACCGAGUAGAAUCCAAAUUAUUCGCCGCUCAAGGAGAAUGGAGACGAGCACAGGAGUCGGUGCAUAAAUCUCGUGCUGUCGCUGUUUUGCGGCAACGACUCCUCUCUGGGAAGGCAUCCCCGAGUAUCGUAUCCCUGCUUCGGCUACUGAUCUCCUUGGAGUUCGAUGAUGACGACCAUUCCACAGCACUGCUGCAUCUACGUGGGCUCUUGGCCAUGGCGUUGUCGAACCCUGCGCUUCUAGCCGAGGCUGAAGGCCUCCUGCUUGUCAGCGAUGUUUGGAUUGCGAUGUCCUUGGGAAAGAGACCUGAGAUUUGGCCAACACGGUAUGAUCCUGGGGCCCGCCAUUUGCAACCUUUCAACGCCGCUCAAAAGCUUGAGACAGACUCCUCUACAUCCCCUUCACCAAUCGUGAUGGAGCCUGAUGUUGAAUUAAAGUACUACCUCGACGCGUGCACGAUCUCUCUCUUGAAUUCUGCAGUCGAGAUUGUCAGGUCAAAAGAAUUGAUGGUCAACACAAAAGACUCUUCUCUGCAACGACAAGUGGUCACAUGGAUGCACAGAAGAGCAACUGCUAUAUCGGGGUAUCUCCUCUCAGGAUACCUUGAUGCCAUCGAGUCAACACGGGCCCCGGACCUCACAGCUCCAGCCCUUGUCCAGAAAAGGGUCAUUGCAACAUCUUGCUUGACUGGAAUUCUCUUCAUGAACCUGGAGUUCUGCGAAUCCCCAAGCAACUACAAUUUUAGCAAGGCCUUUUUAGCAAUUGAACCAGCACUACGAAGUGUAUACGGUCAACUCAUUCAUGCCGAAUCGGACGCUCAGCGCGAAAUAUACUUGUGGCUUUUGUUCAUGUGUGCCCUAGGCAAUGAUGUCUAUUCUGCCAGAGGAGAUAUCCCCUAUUCUAAGUGGCCUGCAUAUACUUUCCACCAAUUUCGAAAACAACUGCUGCUCCAUAGCUUGAUUGAUGUCAAGAAAGUGCUUGACGUAUUCCUAUAUCACGACGUGGUCGACGUAUUUCUUGAGGGCUUGCUUUCACCUUUGGGUGAGGCACCCUCAUGCUGUAUCGUGUCGUGGACAAGAUGGUGCUCCAUCUUGCAUCACUAUGUCCCUGACUCCAUAGCCGCCAGUAUCAGCUGA